AUGACGAACCUAAACACGGAUGAUCUCCGCGGUCUAUCGCGUCGCGAGUUGCAGCAUCUCGCAAAGUCUCAUAGCCUGAAGGCGAACGGGUCUUCCACGCAGAUCAUAGAGGCGUUGUGCGACCGCUUUCCCGACGGUGUGCCACAGUCGAAGCGGGGUCUCUCGCCAACCACAGCCAUCUCACGCGGGAGGAGCGCACCGAGCCGCCGCGCAAAAGCUGCAUCUCCCGUAUACCACCAAUCCGUCAAUCAAGAGCCGCAUAGCCCGGCUCGGCAUGCACCGCGCUUCCUGGAUAAGGCCGACCCAGAACGACUCAGCGCUUCGAAUGGUUCGCGACUACCCCCUCUGCCUGAACCACAGGUGUUGCGGCCCGAGGAUGCCGUCGUCUUGGAGAAUACGGAGGAGAUAUUGCGUCAGAUGAUGAAGGAGUUGCAAGAAGCACGAGAGGCGAGCAAGCGGCUCGAAUCGGAGAACGCCGCCUUGCGCGUACAGCUGGCGCCACCCGUCUCGACGAACGCGCUACAGCUUGGCGAUGAAGGAGAGGCUGGGCCUUCCUCUUCGCAGGCUACGGAGUAUGUCUCCGUUUCGGCGGACUCCACAGCUACCGCUGCUGGCCAACCGAUGACACCCACCUCACUUCAGCAGUCCCAAGUUCCCUUACCCAACGUAACUGCCCCUUCGUCCGCUCCUGUAGGGAAUGGUCAGGCUUCUUCGUCUCAGCCAACCUCUGCACACCCGCGACGUCCUCCGUCGCCCGUCGGCCUCUCCCGGAUAUCGCGCAUCAACGAGGAGCUUGACAACCUCCGCAUAUGCCGCCAGACGUCGGUGACCAUUCUGACUUAUGCGCUAGCGCAGGUCGCAAUGGAACAGGCUGAGAUCAGUGGCAGACCGAGUAAGGAGUUGGAGGAGCGCCUGAAGAAUGCGGAAAAGGACAUGGAGGUGGAAAUCCCGAGGAGGUUCAAUCUCGAUCGUUACCAACGUCUUGCUAAGAAUGAGCACGAGGAGGCGGCGCUGGAGAAAUUCAGGAAGUUGCAUACCUACGGGGAGUUGAUCUGGAAUGUGGGGGAGAAGGUGCUGGAGACCUACCCUCAUAAGCCACCGCCACGCACGGACGAGGAGAGAGCGAACUAUGUCCGCUUCCGCGACCGAGCAGUGCGCAAGGACGAACCUACCCUCACGCUGUUCCACGUAGAUCCCAAUCCCGACAUUUAUCGCGUAGUGGAGGAGGACCUAGGCGAUGAAGACUAUCUGCCGCCGUCAUACGAUGACCCGGAGUACGACGCAACCUCCGACGCCACGCCGAGCGAACUCGACGAUGUAGAGAUGCAAGACAUCGAUAUGUCUGUAGAGGAUGAUCUGGUUCUGGGGGUUGAAGGCCAGGGAAUCGACGCGCAUUUGUCCGACUUGGCUGUCACCAUGCGGGGAGCGCCGCCGAAGCACACCCUUGAACCUACUCGUGCGAACAUACCCGACGUUCAGGGCUACAUCCACUUGCCGCAGGGGCGAAGGACGCGCGCCUGCUGGAUCCCCGUCAGAGAAAAGGAGCGGGUGUGGGUCAGAUGUGACCAGGAGGUGUGCACGCACGGCAUGAGUGAACCCACGGAUCCGAAGGGUAAAAAACCCCAGACCCAAGUGCCGUGUUACUUCUUUGAUGAUCUCCCGGAGAUCGCGGGACGACCAAAGCCGAAGGGGAGAUGGGUCGAGAGGGACGUCGACUUACUGGAGGGUGGGAAGUAUACCGCAGACUGUAUCAAGGACAUGAGCGAUUCUCGGGACGGCCUUUACGGCGCCCCCUGGCCUGUCGUACCGGGAUGGAAGCAGCGUCUGGAGAGAGUCCCGACAUGGGAGCAUAACUAG